AUGGAUUCCAGCAAUGAGACAAUUGAUAUCAACGUCACCAAUGUGGUGUCGACUUUCUCCACCCUGUGUCCCCUCAUCUUACGCACCAUCGCCUUAAAUGGAUACAACGUCAAAAAUAAGCCAGAAGCUGGACAGGUCCAGAUGAGGAUUCGUAAACCCAAGAUAACAGCCUCAAUUUGGUCCUCAGGGAAAAUCAUGUGCACUGGAGCAAAAAGUGAGGAUGAGUCGAAACGUGGUGCUCGCAGGGUAGCGCGCUCUCUGCAGAAGCUAGGCUUCAAGGUGAGGUUUUCAGCCUUCAGGGUCGUGAAUGUGCUGGCAGUUUGCCGGAUGCCCUUUGCAAUCAACCUCAUAGACUUCACUAAGAACAACUCCCCCGAUGUCAGUUACGAACCAGAGCUCCAUCCAGCUGCCAAAUACAGGAUCAAAGAGAUCAAGGCUACUGUUCAAGUGUUCUCCACUGGCAGCAUCACAAUUACAGGACCAAAUGUGAAGAGCGUGGUCAAGGGUGUGGAGAAAGUCUACCCACUGCUGUUUAAGUGUAAGAUGAAGAAGCAAGAGGACACCAUCACAGGACUGGGCAGCUCCUUCAACGUCAGACUGAUAUACCCUAAGUGUCCCAAGGAGAGGUACAAAUACUUUGUCACUAUUAGAUACUAUAAGAUCUACUGUACCCAAGAGAACCUGUUUCCAUGA